GCGGCAGGAGGUUGGAGACAGUGAUCACAAUGGAGUUGCGGGAGCAAACGAUGGGUCUCAACUGAUCUGCCGAAGCGAGGAGACGGACUUGUUCUGCAGAUUGUUUUCGCAAGAAGUCUUCUGGCGUUGAAGCUCUGCCGUAUUAGCAAUGGCAUCCCCAUGCAUCUGGAGACACUGCAGUUGGAGCAGGAGGCUAGCGCAUCACAGAUGUUUAGUUUUUCUCCUUGGCUUUCUCACUCAAAUGUUGGUGGUGACUUCAGACACCGACAGUCAAGAUGCUGCUGCUCUGAAUGCCCUUGCCACGCUGUGGAAGAACAUCCCAUCCAAUUGGAGAAGUUCCGAUCCUUGUGGUGACAAUUGGGUUGGUAUAAGUUGCAACAACGAAUCACGUGUAACCUCCAUAUCUCUAUCCAGCUUGGGACUGAAAGGAACACUUACUGGAGACAUCCAGUAUUUGACCGAGCUGCAAGCUUUGGAUUUGUCUUACAACAAGGGUUUGACUGGUGGCCUUCCAUCAUCAAUUGGGAGUUUGAGUAAACUUGUAAACCUGAUACUUGUUGGCUGCAGUUUCUCUGGUGAAAUACCACCCGAGAUAGGCUCUCUUUCACUCUUGACCUUUUUAUCCUUGAAUUCUAAUAGCUUCACCGGAGGCAUACCUUCUAGUAUUGGCAAUCUGUCAAAUCUUUAUUGGCUCGAUUUAGCUGACAACAAGCUUAGUGGGACAAUCCCAGUCAGUCCGGGUCUGGAUUCAUUAACUUAUACCAAACACUUCCAUUUUGGAAUGAAUCAACUUUCUGGAACCAUCCCAAGAAAUAUUUUCAGCUCCGAUAUGCAACUAAUACAUGUGUUGUUUGAUAAUAAUAAUCUCACAGGAUCCAUCCCUCCCACUUUGGGACUUGUUAAAACUCUAGAGGUCUUACGUUUGGACAAGAAUUCAUUGACUGGGCCUGUUCCAUCUAAUCUCAACAAUCUUACUAAAGUUGCAGAAUUGCAUCUAGCAAACAACCAAUUGACGGGCCCUUUGCCAAAUCUAACAGGAAUGAGUGCACUCAGCUUUGUGGAUAUGAGCAACAACUCCUUUGAUGAAUCUGAUGUUCCAUCAUGGUUCUCUACCCUACCCUCUUUAACAUCAUUAUAUCUGGAAUACUCAAGAAUAGGAGGGCAGAUUCCACCAGCAAUAUUCAACUAUUCACCAUUACAGACUGUGAGGCUGAAAGGUAACCGUUUCAAUGGCUCUUUUGACAUUUCAGCAAUUGAAAACAGUCAGCUAGAACUGAUUGAUUUGCAGGACAAUAACAUAUCUUCCAUAGUACUUGGAGGAGGAUACAAUAAGAAACUUAUACUUGUGGGGAAUCCAGCCUGUGACCAACACGAUGAUCUAUCCUACUGCAAAAUUCCACAACUAUCUGCUCCUCCAUAUUCAACUCCACAGAACUGUGUGCCAGUUGCUUGUGCUUCAGAUCAGAACCUCAGUCCUAAUUGUAGUUGUGCAUAUCCAUAUACAGGCACUCUUUAUUUCAGAUCUCCUUCGUAUUCAGACCUUCAGAAUACCACUUAUUACCAUAUCUUGGAACGGGAACUAAAAGCUUCAUUUCUAAAAGAGGUUCCUGUAGAUUCUGUGUCUCUUAAUAACUCUUUUGUGAAUUCCUUUAACAAUCUGGAAAUGAAUUUGCAAGUCUUUCCAAGUGGUAAAACACGUUUUAGUGAAGUAGAUGUUUCUACACUUGGCUCUAUGCUAAGCAAUCAAAUUUUCAAGCCUCCAAGUAAGAUUUUUGGGCCAUUCUACUUCAUAGGACAAGCAUACCCUGCUGCACCUGAAAUUGCAACAAGUAAGAAAUCAAAUCACCUGCCUGUGAUUAUUGGAGCAGCAGCUGGAGCAGCAGCACUUGCUCUAGUAUUUAUUGGUUGUGCAGCAUUUGUCAUUACACACAGAAGAAAAGUAAAAAGAACUGCACAGAGAAGACAGGCUUCUGGAUCCUGGGACUUCACAAAAGGCAGCAGCAGUAGCAGCAUUCCACAGAUAAAAGGUGCAAGACAUUUUUCAUUCAAUGAUGUAAAGAAGUGCACUAAUAACUUUUCAGAAGCCAAUGAGAUUGGAGAUGGUGGAUAUGGAAAGGUUUACAAAGGAGUACUCAGUAAUGGUCAACUUGUUGCUGUCAAAAGGGCACAGGAGGGUUCCACACAGGGUGUGCUUGAAUUUAACACUGAAGUAGAACUACUUUCAAGAGUUCACCAUAAGAACCUUGUUAGUUUGGCUGGUUUCUGCUUUGAUCAAGAUGAACAGAUACUGGUCUACGAUUAUGUUCCAAAUGGUACACUGAAAGAAAGCUUAUCAGGGAAAUCUGGAGUCCGUUUAGAUUGGAAAAGGAGGCUCAGAGUUGCCCUUGGUGCAGCUAGAGGUCUUGCUUACCUGCAUGAGCUUGCUAGUCCUCCCAUAGUACAUAGAGAUAUCAAAUCCAGCAACAUCCUUCUGGAUGAAAAUUUGAAUGCAAAAGUUUCUGAUUUUGGACUUUCUAAGCCACUUGGAGACGAGAAAAAGGGUCAUGUCAGCACACAAGUGAAAGGAACCAUGGGCUACUUAGAUCCUGAAUAUUACAUGACUCAACAGUUGACUGAGAAGAGUGAUGUGUAUAGCUUUGGGGUCUUAUUACUGGAGUUGGUAACUGCAAAGAAACCUAUAGAGCAUGGCCGCUAUGUUGUAAGAGAAGUAAGGUGUACGAUGGACAAGUCAAAAGAUUUGUAUGGCCUUCAUGAGCUCAUCGAUCCUGCACUUGGUUUGGGCAACAGACUUGGUGGGUUUGAGAAAUUUGUCGAGUUGGCAAUGAAAUGUGUGGAAGAAUCAGGAAUUGACCGACCCACCAUGGGUGAGGUGGUGAAAGAGAUUGAGAACAUUAUGAAGUUGGCUGGCAUGAACCCAAAUGCUGAUUCUGCAUCCAAUUCCAUGAGUUAUGCAGGUGCAAGCAGAAGCUCUGUUCGGCAUCCAUAUAGCAAUGAGCCCUUCGACUACAGUGGCACUGCACCUUCUUCCAGACCAGAACCCAAGUGAGGGAGAUGAUCAAGUUCAUGGUGUGAUAUGUGAAUGUCUAGUUCUGGGGGUUGAUGUGCAUGUCACCAGUGUAGAUUAUGCUUGAAUGUGUUUUGCCCAGUGGACUUUGUUGUGUAAAAUUAAUGCUCUUUAAGCUUGUUUGAUUUUGUUUUCUUUGUAUGAUUUCCAUGAUUAAGAAUGUUGUAUUAGACCUGUUGAUCCAUUUAAAAGCUUAGUUCCUGGAUCAUAUGCUUAAAUGCCUUUUGGGCAGAGAUGGCUCUGUUAUAUCUCA